AGAAAGAAACCUGGCAACCCUUCGUUGGAUUGUGAACGACAAAGGGGGAAUUAACUGGGAGCGGUUGAUUUUUUUUUACUUCUUUGAAUCAACCCGUAAUAAAGUAUAUCUCAGACUGAAAUUUAGACCCGACACGAUUUUAUUAGUGUUAAGACUAAAACGUAGAUUGGGCUUAAAAAAGCAAAACAGAACCGGAAUAACCCAAGUUAGCUAGCUGUAACUGUAAUGUUUAUCCAAGCCUCGCUCUCAGACUGGACUCGGGUUUGCGUGCCGUGAAUAAAGAAGCUUCCCCGCUGUUACACUCACUCACUAACACGUGCUAACACACACACACACACACACACACACUAUUCCGAGAUCACCAUGCUGGCCCUGCUGUUGACUGCGCUGUUGACUGUACACUCAAUCGCUCUGGAAGUGAACGUCUCGGAUUUCCCAGUGGUGGCCCUUCACGGCUCAGACACCGUCCUUAACUGUACGUUCUCGGGGGCCAAGAACUUUAACCUGUCCGAGCUAAGUGUGUUCUGGCAGCUGGCUGACACUCAGAGGAGUGUGCACGCUUACUUCGACAAGCAGGACCGGUACGUCGAUCAGGACGAGCGCUUUGCUAACAGGACCAGCUUGUUUCCUUCAGAGUUAGCAUCCGGUAAUGCAUCACUGCUCCUGAGGAGAAUCCGAGUGGCAGACGAGGGCAGCUACUCGUGCUUCGUUAAAGUGGACACAUACGGCAAGGAUUCCAUGUUCAUGCAGGUGGCAGCCCCCUACUCAAAACCCGCUGUGACUUGGGAAACCGACAGCAACCCGAAGCCCGGUGAUGUUGUCGCACUGACCUGCGUGGCAUACGGCGGCUACCCUGAGGCCCAGGUCCUGUGGCAAGAUGGAGGCGGGCAAAACUUGACAGAGAACGUCACCAUCUCACCGGUAGCCAACGAGCAAGGCCUGUUCACCAUUAAGAGCAUCUUAACCGUGGUCCUCGAGCCGAACAGCACCUACAGCUGCAGACUGACCAAUCCGCUUCUGGGGGACGAAGGUCACGCCUCCGUCACCAUCACGGCCCAGUCUCCAGUGUUUCCUCAAGUGGCUUUGUGGGUAACGAUUGGAUUGGCGGUCUGUUUGCUCGGCCUUCUCAUCGCCUUGGCUGCAGUCUGCCACCGGAAAAUCAAAGAGAGCUGUGAAGAGAUGAGAGCAGAGGAAGAAGCCAAAGAACUUGAAGAAGCCAAAGAACUUGAAGAAGCCAAGACAGCUGCAACACCUUUAAAGAGCUAAAGGCAAAGAGCACCGGGUGAAACUACACAUGAAGCAUGGAGUCUCGCAUUAACCUUCAGCAAAACAAGACACUCAACAAGAGGCACAUUUGAGUUACACACACACACACACACACACACACACACACACACACACACACAUACACUUUCAUACACUUUCAGAUCUACUUGUCCAUACCUGAGUUGCUAAUACAUAUGCAAAUUCCAAAACAAUUCAAUAAGUCGCAAUUAUUAGAAAUUGAACGAUAUUGGAUUUCACCAAUACCGCUACGUUGGAUCGUACUUGCCGAUAAGCAAUUAACCAACCGAUAGUUUUUAAAAUGGAUACUGGAUAAAAACUUGACACUACACAUAAAAUUAUAACUUCAAUUUCAUUAAAUGUAAUUUUUAUCUGAAGAAAUUUCAGAUAAAAAAAAAAAACUACUGAAUCAUGGAAAUGUGCUAAAAAAAAUGAAUAUAUUAAUGAUUAAAUAUAAUUGUGUAAUGAAUAAAUUAUAAAUAAUAACUGAAUCAUUGACACCAUUGGCAUCAGAUGCGCCUCUAGAGGCCGCACUAGUAAUGACAGUGGACCUUUUCAGCCUUUUAAAAAAAAACGCAACCUGGAAAAACUAUCGGUAUGGAUUUUUGCCAGAAGCCCAAAAUUCCAGCAAAACCAAUGAUUCGGUCGACCUCUAGAAAUUAAUAAUUCUAAAAUAAAAUAAAAAAACAAACAAAAACAAACAGAGCAAAUACUGUUUGUUUCCAACUAAUGUUAAAUAUCAAACCCUGCCUCACACACUUAUUUCAGUCCGCUUUUAUUUCAGUGCGCUUCUAUUUCUGUCAAAUUCUUGUUUUGUAGCCCGACUGUUCUUUAUUUUUUUUAUUGUUUUUAUAUUAUUUUUACAGCAUGAAUAUAAAUAGCCUUAGCUGUUGUAGUAACCUAGCCUCGUCCCGACAUCAUGUGCUGCUUCCAGACUUGAGAAUCAACAAGCAGGGUUUGGUAUGCAGUGGACUAAACAGAAAAUCAGCUUGAAGCCCAUUGACUCUGACAAGCUUCCAGAUCCACCAUAGACACCAGCUUCUUCCGAAUCUGCAUGCAGGGCCAUGUUUCACGUUCCACCUCACACCUAAUGGAAAGUGAAGAGCUUAAGAGCAGAAGCAGGCAAGGAAGCUGCUGCCAGUGUGUCCAGCAUAUUCUCAUUCUUUCACGUUGUUGUUUUCUUCUUCUUCUUCUUCUUCUUCUUCACCAGCGUACCAACUCAGACUAAUUAAGGCCUGCCUGCAAACCAACAUGUACCUGUUGGCUUGUAGCUGUUUCUAAAAACUUAAUGACUUGGGGUAGAUAUUGCUUAGACGUACCACUAAGCACGUACAAAUUGAAAGUGUUUUAUGGGACACACCCAGGAUUCUCGUAUUUUUACUGAUCGUAUUAUAAUGAGAAAUGGUUUGUACUGAUUGCACAGGUGAUUGUGAUGCUGUUUAGGGGAAUCUGUUAUGAAUCUUGUAUGCUGUUUUUUAUUUGUUUGUUUAAUGGUUCUUCAUGCCUGGAACAUGUUCAGUGCCGAAUAAAAUGCAGUUGUUGUUUUUUUCAAAAUAGAUAAAGGGUGCUAAUUAUUGUGAACAUGCAUCAAAAGAUUUCGUCUGGUAUUGUGAUCAAUUUUAGCCCAAGAUUUGAUAGUCUGACUUGCGAAUGUUUUAUCUUACGAUAGCGAUACGACAAAAUCAUAAAAUAUUUUUACGACGUAUAUGCAGUAUGAUACAACGCGACGCUGCAAGGAUGUACGGCAGUCGUCAGUUCAGUUGUUCGGUUGUCUCGUUGUUGGAGCAUAUUUUUUUUUUCUGGUGUUUCAUGUGUUUCAAAUUGCUUUUUUUGCUAUUGUUUCUCUCCUUUUUAUAGGCGUCGCUCCUUUCGUCCGGCUCCGUUUUCCACACGGGAACUAACGCUCGUCCACACGCCUGCUGCCAAAUACGUAUAUACUGUAAAGUUUAUAUAUUACAGUACUAUAAAUUGCUCUGUUUUGCUAAAUUA